AUGGAUGUGAAGUACGGCCCAAAGAACACCUCAGUGUCAGUCAGUCCCUCUGGUGAAAUAGUGGAGGGCAGUUCAGUGACUCUGACCUGCAGCAGUGAUGCCAACCCACCUGUGGACAAAUACACCUGGUACAAGAAUAAUGAAGCUUCACUGACAGGAUCUGAAAAGACAUACAAUUUCACAACCAUCAGCUCUGAGGACAGUGGAGAAUACUACUGUGAGGCUGAGAAUAAAUAUGGAUGUCUCAACUCUUCUUCUGUGUCUGUGGACGUUCAGUACGGCCCAAAGAACACCUCAGUGUCAGUCAGUCCCUCUGGUGAAAUAGUGGAGGGCAGUUCAGUGACUCUGACCUGCAGCAGUGAUGCCAACCCACCUGUGGACAAAUACACCUGGUACUUUCAAAAUGAGACUUUUCUAAAUGGAUUUGGACAGAUCUAUAACAUAAGUAAGUUCAAGUCUAAGGACAAUGGACAUUACCACUGUGAGGGAAACAAACAGUUGUGA